AUGCCGAUACGAUGGUAUCAAGCAAAGCUGGCAAAGCGGCCACUGUUGACCCAGACCCUGACCACCGCUGCGCUUUUUGCCGCGGGCGACACGCUUGCCCAGCAGGCAGUGGAGCGGAAAGGAAUACGAAAUCAUGACGGCGCUCGGACAGCUCGAAUGUGCUUGUAUGGCGGCUGUGUCUUUGGACCAGCAGCUACCAAGUGGUAUGCCUUUCUGCAGAAACGCAUCAACCUUCAGUCACAUAACAUGACGAUAUUGGCGCGAGUCGCUGCUGACCAAACCAUCUUUGCCACCUGCAAUCUUGCCGUCUUUCUCUCGACAAUGUCGGUCUUGGAAGGAAGUGAUCCCAAAGAAAAGCUCGAGAAGCAUUACCUUCCAGGGCUGAAGGCAAACUGGGUGUUAUGGCCGGCAGUUCAGGCUGUGAAUUUCAAGUUGGUGCCUCUCGAGCAUAGGGUUCUGGUCGUCAAUAUUGUGAGUCUUGGCUGGAACUGCUUUUUGAGCUACCUCAACAGCUCGAAAUGA